AUGAGGCGACCUUUUGUUUCAUUCUUUUUGUUCAUAGUCGUAGCCGCUCUUGAUGUCAUUUUAUCAUCUAAACCGCCGGCGGCGGCAGCAGCAUCAGCAGCAGCUGCUAAUUAUGUGAUCAACCUCAGAAAUUACCAUCAAAUAGAGCUGGCCAGGGUAGUUGGCCCCGAAAGCAUUGCCUUUGACUGCCAUGGACAAGGACCUUACGUUGGGGUUUCAGAUGGUACAAUUCUCAAAUGGCAAGGACCUCGCUUGGGUUGGAUUGAGUUUGCCUUCACCUCCCCAAACAGGCCAAGGAAAUUAUGUGAUGGGUCAACCAACGCAACGAAUGAACCCAUAUGUGGUAGGCCACUGGGCCUCAAGUUCAACCCCAAAACUUGUGACCUGUAUAUUGCAGAUGCCUACUUUGGGCUCCUCAAAACAGGCCCUACUGGUGGAAAGCCGGAGGUACUUGCCAGUUCUCUAGGAGGGGUGCCCUUCAUGUUUACAAAUGCUCUGGACGUUGAUGAAGAAACAGGCAUUGUCUAUUUCACAGACACAAGCACUGUCUUCCAAAGAAGGGUAUGGAUGCAGUCAAUCCUAGACGGUGACAAAACCGGGAGGCUACUAAAAUAUGACCCUUGUACAAAGGAGGUGACAGUGUUGCUUCAUGAUUUGGCUUUUGCAAAUGGUGUGGCUCUAAGCAAGGACAAGUCUUUCAUCCUAGUAGCCGAAUCUGCCCCCUUCACAAUCCACAGGCUUUGGCUUCGAUGCCCCAAAGCUCCUGCCUUUGAAAUUUUUGCCCAACUAGAAAGGCCUCCGGAUAAUAUCAAGAGCAACAACAGAGGAGAAUUUUGGGUUGCACUCAAUAGUGGAAGAGGAGUUAAGGAAGUAGUGAAUAUUGAGACCUCGGACAAAUGGUUGAAUGUAAAUGAUCCUGUAGCAGCAAAGUUUGAUGAGCAAGGAACAGUUGUGCUGGUGUUGGAUGGAGAAGGCGGUCCAGCUCUGGAAUCUGUUAGCGAGGUUGAAGAACAAAAUGGGAAUUUGUGGGUUGGGUCGGUAGUGAAGCCUUAUGUUGGUGUAGUUAAGUUUCAGGUAUAGCAUAUAAACAUGUGAUAUUCUGAAUUUCAUAAAUUCAUAGGCAUAGCUUUAGCCCUAUAGCCUAUAGCUUUUAUUAUUGAUACAUUUCUUUCGCAAUAUAAUCUGCUUGAGAUUUAACUUCUA